AUGUCGGACCCAUCGAUGCAGACUGUCGACCCGCGCCGCGCCCGCAUGCAGCAGAACGCGCAGGCGACCGCCUCAUCUCCCGCGACUCCCCAGCCUCAAACAGGACCAGCGCAGGCAGAGACGAGUGCUGCACCCGCCGAACAAACCGCAGAGAUCACUGCAGCACCAGCGGAACCGACCGCAGAAGCCGCCGCCACCUCUGCCGAGACCACCCCUCUCUCCCUCCCUCAGGCGACCACUUCUCCCGCACCUCAGCAAGAAACCAUCCGACCCGACAGCGCGACGGCGACACCGGCAGCCGAAGGUCAGUCGGCGUCUGUCGACGAGGACCGCGCGACUUCGCAGGACAUGGACGCAGCGAUCGCAGCUACCCUCGCAAUGGAGACUGACGACCGACAGACUGCGAGUAACGGCUUGCAAUCGACUGCCGCAGCGGUCGCCGAGACCAUCAGGAGAGACGAGGCGAGCACCCCGACCCUGUACACGGCCGCUGCGUCUCAGGGAGACAUCCCCGGAGCUGUUGCGACUCCUCCGCCUGCCGCUCCAGCGACGAGCGCUGCGGCAGCUGACGAGUCCUCGUCUGCCCCUCCUGCAUCUUCGAACGCUGCGUCGGCGGACACGAAGGGAAAGGGUGCCGCGACGAGUUCGCUCUCUCGGGUUGCCCAGUUGACGGCGCGAGUCGAGAAGGACCCGCUCGAUGGAGAGGCUCAGCUCGCGCUGCUGCAGGAUGCCGAGCAGAAGGGAGACUUGGAGAGGACGCGCGAGGUGUACGAGAGGUUCUUGAGUGUCUUCCCCGAUGCCGCCCAGCAAUGGAUCGCCUACUGCAACCUCGAGCUCUCGCACAACCUUUUCGAGCGCGUCGAAGCCAUCUUCGGCCGCUGCUGUCUCAACUCGACCUCGGUCGACCUCUGGCGGUUCUACCUCGACUACAUCCGCCGCGUCAACCCGAUUGACCCGGCCAACAUCGAUGCGGCAAAGACGGCGCGGGCGGUCAUUGGCGCGGCAUUCGAGUUCGCGUUGUCGCAUGUCGGGCACGACAGGAGGGCAGGCGAGAUCUGGUCUGAGUACAUCGCAUUCUUGCGAGAGGCGCCGACGCGGGGCAACUGGGAGGAUCAGCAAAAGAUGGAUUCGCUGCGCAAGGCGUUCCAGCGCGCCUUGCAGGCGCCCGUCAACAACGUCGAGGCGAUCUGGCAGGAUUACAACGCGUUCGAGAAUAACCUCAGCAAGAUGACGGCCAAGAAGUUCAUUGCCGAGCUCUCGCCCGCUUACAUGACCGCCCGCAAGACCCUCCGCGAACUCCGCGCGCAACACGACCACCUCUACACGCCCGUCCUCCCUCACCGACCAAGCUGGACAUCCGCCGAAGACCGCGAUGCGCUCGAUGGGUGGAAGGCUUACCUCGCGUACGAGGAGACGAACCCGCUCGAGAUCGAGGACCAGGGCCAGUUGGCGCAGCGGGUUGCUUUUGCGUACCGCAAGGCGAUCGCCAACUUGCGCUUCUAUCCCGAGGUUUGGUACCUGGCGGCGAGUUACAAUCUGAAGAGCGGACGGGUCGACGAUGCUCGCAAGCAACUUCGCGACGGGUUGACGGCGAAUGCUGGAAGCCUCCUUCUCGCCUACACGCUCGCCGACAUCGAGGAAGGCCGAUCCGACUUCACCGCCUGCUAUGGAAUCUACGACUCGCUCAUCGAGCGCCUCAACACGCGCAUCUCGUCGCUCGAGGCGGACGUCGAAGCGGAGAUCGCCUCUGCGGUCGCCGACAAGGAGGUCGAGCACCUCGCGCAGAUCAAGGCUGCGCAGGAAGACGGGCGGGAGGAGGAGGCUGAGUCGGUCGAGGCGAGGGAGAAGCGGAGUCAGGAGAUGGAGGAAUUGGAGAAGGAGAUUCGGGAGCGGAAGGCGCCCGAGAUCGAGACGGUUAAGAAGGCGGUCGCGAAUGUGUGGAUCACCGAGAUGCGGUUUGCGAGGCGGUCAGAUGGUUUGCGACAAGCGCGGCAGGUCUUCCUCAAGGCGAAGAAAUCGCCCAACCUCACCUGGCAGGUCGUCGAGGCAUCUGCCGCCAUGGAGAUGUACUGGAACAGCGAGCCGAAGGUUGCCACGAACGUCUUCGAGCUCGGCUUGAAGAGCUUCGCCAAAGAGCCCGAAUACGUCCUGCGGUACCUCGACUUCCUUAUUUCGCAAAACAACAGCAACAACGCCCGUGCUCUCUUCGAGCGGACGAUCGCCAUCAUCGAGCCGGCAAAGGCGAAGCCGAUUUGGGAUCGGAUGGCGCAGUACGAGUACCAGUACGGUGAUUACCUCGCGGCGCAGAAGAUGGCGCAGCGCUAUGCGGAGACGUUUCCCGAUACCGCUGCAACUCUCCGCUUCGCCCAGCAACACCAGUCUGCAGGCCUCGAGGAUGCGUUCGCGCUCGACCUCGGACCUUCUUUCGUCAGGCAGAUCAAACGCGAGACCCGCGCGCGCUCGCCCUCUCCGCAGCGAAGCCGACACAAGCGCGGUCUCUCUGUCGACCGCGACGGCACAGACGGGCAGGACCAGGAUGGCGGCGAUGCGAAGCGUGCGCGACGGGGGAUCUCGCCUUCGCCUGCUCCGUCCUCGAGUGGCGGAGGUGGCUCAGGCUGGCGCCCUCACGGCUCGGAAGACCACCGUCGCAGUGCGCGCGAAGCAGCCCCGGCACUCAACCGCGCUCAGCCAUACAUGCUCGACCCGCGCGGAAACGACGUCGCCAUCCUCCCCGACGCGGUCGUCUUCUUCCUCUCGCUCCUCCCGCCCGCGUCGAGCUUCAAUGGGCCGCACCUCAAUCCCGCCAGCAUCAUGGACAUCAUCGGCACGACCAUCUUGCCUGGGAGCGCGCCCGGACCUGGUCUGCCCGGAGAACGGUUGGGCAUCCCGCCGCGACCGAAGCCUCAGCGACCGGCAUACGGAGGAGGAGGAGGAGGAGGCGGACCAGGCGGAUACGGUGGUGGCAGGCGGUACUGA